GCGCCCCGCGGUGCCGGGGUUCGGUAAUUUCGAGCCCAUGUAUGGUUAUGCUUUGUUGUCGGUAGCUUGGCAGAAAGGCACAUGACUUCAGCAGUCUGGAAUGCGAUUCAGUAUGUCUGGGCUCCGCUAAACGCACAUAAGGAAAAGUGAUUCCUGACUAAGUUAUUGUUCUGGCCCCGCGUCCCCGGGGGGUUGUAGGGAGCUCCGCCGUACAUUGAGUUUAACAGACCAGCAAAUACCUGUGCUUAAACCAGCGAUUCCCGCCGCUCACUCCCCUCUUUCCCUUCCUGUUGGUCUCUGCAGCACAGUCCGAGGGAAGACCGUGUGAAUAUAACUCCAAAAUCUACCAGAACGGCGAGAGCUUCCAGCCGAACUGUAAACACCAGUGUACGUGCAUAGAUGGAGCUGUGGGCUGCAUCCCGCUCUGCCCGCAGGAACUCUCUCUUCCCAACCUGGGCUGCUCCAGCCCCAGGCUGGUCAAAGUGCCCGGGCAGUGCUGCGAGGAGUGGGUCUGUGACGAAAGCAAGGAUGCGCUGGAGGAGCUGGAAGGCUUUUUCAGCAAAGAGUUUGGUCCGGAUGAUUCCGAAGGCGAAUUAACCAGGAACAAUGAGCUAAUUGCCAUUGUGAAGGGAGGCCUGAAAAUGCUACCUGUUUUUGGGUCCGAGCCACAAAGCCGAACUUUUGAGAAUCCCAAAUGCAUUGUGCAAACAACCUCUUGGUCCCAGUGCUCAAAGACGUGUGGAACUGGCAUCUCCACAAGGGUGACCAACGACAAUCCUGACUGCAAGCUCAUCAAAGAGACCAGGAUAUGUGAAGUGAGGCCAUGUGGCCAGCCCAGCUAUGCCUCCCUAAAGAAGGGAAAGAAAUGUACCAAGACAAGGAAGUCCCCCUCCCCGGUGAAGUUUACUUAUGCUGGAUGUUCCAGUGUGAAGAAGUACCGCCCCAAGUACUGUGGCUCCUGCGUGGAUGGCAGGUGCUGCACACCCCAGCAGACCAGGACUGUCAAGGUCAGGUUUCGCUGCGAUGAUGGGGAAACCUUCACCAAGAGCGUCAUGAUGAUCCAGUCCUGCCGAUGCAACUACAACUGUCCACAUGCAAAUGAAGCCUAUCCCUACUACAGACUAGUCAACGACAUUCAUAAAUUUAGGGACUAAGUUGUGUUGGGGGUGGGAUGCAAAACAGAAUUUUGAAGUACCCAGCCAUGGAGAAAGGACCUUUGAUGAAAGUGUUGCCUUGCCCAUUUGAGGGCAACAUCGAGAUGUUACAGGAGUGCACUGUGCAACUGGACACUAAUGCAACAGAGAUUUAAUCAUACUUAAAG